GCGAGGAGAGCGGCUGACGGUGGCUGAAGGGAGGAGAGACGCGCGAGGCGCCACUGGCCUGGUUCCUGUCGCCCCUUCCUCCGAACCCAACCGUGAGGGUUUUCCUCUGCCUGAGGCGAAAGAAGAGGGGAUGCGUAUCCCGCUGGCGGCAAACCCCACCAACUCUGCGGCUGCCUCCACUGGCGCGGCUGCCACCUCCGUUGGCUCUUAGAGCCUCCCUAUUCUCUCAGGGGUGCUGCACCGUUGCGCCUCUGAGGACAGCCCUUUCUUCGCCCCCUUCAGCGGCUCGGCAUGAGCUGCCGGCCCGUCUCCGCUCAGCCUUGAACUGCCAGAGACGCCCCUGCCCGCCUUCCUCUUCCUCCUCCCGGCUUCUCGCCACUCAGCAGGAAAGCGAUGGGGGUGAAUGCCGUGCAUUGGUUCCGCAAGGGGCUGCGGCUCCACGACAACCCGGCGCUGAGGGAGUGCAUCCAGGGCGCCGACACGGUGCGCUGCGUCUAUAUCCUGGACCCCUGGUUCGCCGGGUCCUCCAACGUUGGAAUCAACCGGUGGAGGUUUCUGCUUCAGUGUCUUGAGGACUUGGAUGCCAACUUACGAAAGUUAAAUUCACGUUUGUUUGUUAUUCGAGGGCAGCCUGCAGAUGUGUUUCCUAGGCUCUUUAAGGAAUGGAAUAUUACAAAACUUUCUAUUGAAUAUGAUUCUGAGCCAUUUGGGAAGGAGAGAGAUGCAGCAAUUAAGAAGCUGGCCAGCGAAGCAGGAGUUGAAGUCAUUGUACGAAUUUCACAUACUCUAUAUGAUCUAGACAAGAUUAUAGAAUUAAAUGGAGGACAACCACCUCUUACCUAUAAGCGAUUCCAAACUCUAAUCAGUCGAAUGGAACCACUGGAGAUGCCUGUAGAAACAAUUACUGCAGAAGUAAUGUCAAAGUGUACUACCCCUGUUUCUGAUGACCAUGAUGAGAAAUACGGUGUUCCUUCACUGGAAGAAUUAGGUUUUGAUACAGAUGGAUUGCCUUCUGCAGUAUGGCCAGGUGGAGAAACAGAAGCUCUUACAAGAUUAGAAAGACAUUUAGAAAGAAAGGCAUGGGUAGCAAACUUUGAAAGGCCACGAAUGAAUGCAAAUUCUCUCCUUGCAAGUCCUACUGGUCUUAGUCCCUAUUUGCGAUUCGGCUGCUUGUCUUGCCGCCUCUUUUAUUUCAAGUUAACUGACUUGUACAAAAAGGUGAAGAAGAACAGCUCUCCUCCCCUUUCUCUCUAUGGCCAGCUACUGUGGCGUGAAUUCUUCUACACAGCAGCCACUAAUAAUCCUCGCUUUGACAAAAUGGAAGGCAAUCCCAUAUGCGUGCAGAUUCCAUGGGAUAAGAAUCCUGAGGCUUUAGCAAAAUGGGCCGAAGGCAGGACAGGGUUUCCUUGGAUAGAUGCUAUUAUGACUCAGCUUCGUCAGGAAGGUUGGAUCCACCAUUUGGCCAGACAUGCAGUGGCAUGUUUCUUGACUCGAGGUGAUCUGUGGAUUAGUUGGGAAGAAGGAAUGAAGGUGUUUGAAGAACUGCUGCUGGAUGCUGACUGGAGUGUAAAUGCAGGCAGCUGGAUGUGGCUGUCUUGUAGCUCCUUCUUUCAGCAAUUCUUCCACUGCUACUGUCCUGUGGGUUUUGGCAGAAGAACUGAUCCUAAUGGAGACUAUAUCAGGCGCUAUUUACCUGUUCUCAGAGGGUUUCCUGCAAAAUACAUAUAUGAUCCUUGGAAUGCCCCUGAGGGUGUCCAGAAGGCUGCAAAAUGUAUGAUAGGAGUGAAUUAUCCUAAGCCAAUGGUAAAUCAUGCAGAGGCAAGUCGCCUGAACAUUGAGAGGAUGAAACAAAUCUAUCAGCAACUGUCACGAUACAGAGGAUUGGGCCUUCUUGCAUCAGUGCCUUCUAAUGGGAAUGGAAAUGGGAAUGGUGGCCUAAUGGGAUAUUCGCCAGGGGAGAAUCUCCCUGGUUGUACCAGUGCAAGUGGAUCUCAAAUGGGAACAAGUGAAGGCCAUACAGGAAAUAUUCAAACAUGUGCCCUAGGAGAAUCUCAUACAGGAACAAGUGGAAUUCAACAGCAAGGUUACACUCAAGGGAGUGGUAUGUUGCAUUAUGUCCAUGGGGACAAUCAAAAAGCACACUUAAUCCAGCAAGGAAGAACAUCCCUUGGCACUGGAGUUUGCACAGGAAAACGCCCAAGUCCAGAAGAGGAAACUCAGAGCAUUGGUCCGAAAGUCCAGCGACAGAGCAGUAAUUAGUUUGGUAAAGAUAAAAACUCUGAAGGAAGCUAAUUAAUUAUAGAAAUCAUACUCUGUUCCUGUCAGAAGGAAAACCUGAGACUGCCUCUUAACUUCCACUGGAGAAAUGGACCAAACACCAUUAAAAUCCAACACCCUUUUCAGCUGUGGUCAAGAAAGUCCCGUCAUUCAUUUUGUGCUUCUAGCAGUCAUUUUUAGAAGUGCCCUGAGUGUAACUGUUGUCGGUUCAGCUACACUUAGUGUUUAUUUUAUAAUAAACUGUGUAUUAACUAGAUUAUUCUUUUGUGUUUGUUGAAUUGCAUCAUCCACUUGAAGUGUACCAGCCAUGGGGAAUGGGCGUGGGGUUAAUUUUUAUGUACCCAAUUUGUGUUUUGAAUUGACAGAGUACAUUUUUCUUCCUUUGCUGGUGUGAUCUUCCACAGCUGCACUUCCUGCAGCUGUAUCUUUUUUUCCUCCUAAAGUGCAAUAGACCUAAGGUUGUGUUCGGCUUGUUGGCAUAGAAUGGCCCCCCUGUGUUCAUAUUAUGCUCUCCCUUAAGAAGGAACAUCUAGAUGUGCACACACACUACAAUCUGUAGCUGCAUUGUAUACCUAUGUAGGUAGGCUACAGUAUUUUCUGUGCUUCUCAAAUCUUUACAUUGCUGCCAUUGGGCCUCAGAUAGCAGGUUUAUCAAGCUUGUGUUUAGAAUAAGACAUAGCCAAACAUGCUGGAAGGCACAUUCUUUUGUCCUGAAGAAGUUACUCUGUUCUACCCUUUUCUUGAUCAGUGUAGCUGGGACCAUCUGCUGUCUUGUGUAUCUCUGGGGCAGAAUUUUGGGCAACUAAUAGAGAAAAGUGCCUUAACCUGGAUAGCCCAGGUGAGCCUGAGCUCGUCAGAUCUCAGAAGCUAAGUAUGAUCAGCCUUGAUUAGUAAUUGGAUGGGAAAUCUCCAACGGAGACCAGAGGCAGGCACUGGCAAACCACUUCUGUCAGUCUCUUACCAUGAGAAACCCACCAUGGGUUGUCAGCUAUGAUGUGAGGGCACUUGCCAUUCAUGAGAGAAAAGUGCACAAGUAGAAUCAUAAUGUAUAUACUUAUUUUAUUUUACAAAAUUUAUACCCUACCUUUCUGAUCUCAUAAGGGCCACCUAGGUGUCUAACAGAUUAAAAACAUGUUAUAAAGCACACAUGGAGUUGAGGGGGCUCCAUCUUCCUUAGUACAGUGUCUCUAUGAAGAACCCUAAAUCAUGUGAAUUCUUAACUAGCUGGUAUAGAAGGAUGAAAUAGUUUUAUUCUCAUAUCUUUAUGAAAAAUGGUCAACAUGAAACAGUGUUCCAGCAAUAACUUGGAAAUAGGAGUUUGUAGGUACUGUGGCAUUAAAAUUUGUAACGUACCAUGAAGCCAGUAUUUAUUGUAAAUUGGCACUCUUCUGUAAAAUUUCCCUUUUUGCUUCCUGGCUGAUUUAAAUUAUAAAAAAGGAACUUAGAUGAAAUUCAUCUGUUUGCUCAGUAAUGGAUUUUUAUAUUCAUUGUGUACAUGCUGACUCUUUAAUUUCACCCUUACAGGCACACCAGUCAGCCUACAAGACUGCAAGUGUAGGUCUAAACUUUUAGGUCAAGCGUAGCUAAUCUUGUAAUAUUUCCCAUUCUGAGACUGUAAAAUAGAGGUCUUUUGGGAAAUUGUCUUUCCUAAUGAAACAAGUUUUGACAUGGAGUUUGGGUAUAAUCUGAAUAAAUUAAUAGACUCCUCAAGUACUGUGGAGGCUUACAAAAUGUCCAUCUAAUAAAAAAGUGUAGAAUCUCAUACUGUUGUCUUUGGUGGCCCUGCAAUAGAUUUGCAUAAUUUCUCAUUAUGUACCAUCUCUUACCGAAAAACUUAGUCUGUCAAUACAUCUGUCGUCCUCUGCUACAUCAUUUGCCGUUCCUUUUGCCGCACCUUGAAAUUCAUUGUUUGCCUGUUCUCCAAAAUCUCUAAAUCUGUCAUUUUUGUUGAUCUCUGCUUACUUUCCUGCUUGUUUGUACUACUUUUCAUUGUUAGUUUAAAAAAUCCCCACUGCAGUGUUAUGGCACCUUACACGCCACACAAGUAGUACAGUACAGUACAGCAGCCAUUUAGUUGGCAAAUACAUUAACAGGAGUAUAAGCCUCUAUUGAAAUGUAGAUCACUAAAAUAAAAAGAUCACAGUUAACAAAUAUUAAGGUUUCUGUAAGACAUAUAAGUCUUAACAAAAUUCCAUAAAUUCUAACACAGAUUUCAUAGGAAUUAAUUCCUAAUGGAUUGAUUCGUUUUUUGUCUUGCAGCACUGCUGAAAAGAGGAUCCAUACCCUAAAAUCUCUGUGAAAAUUUUCACUUCAUAUUUAAAUUUUAAAAAUUUGUGAGAGUACUUGUAUUGAAAUGGGCUUUUGCAUAAAUUUAUUUUCACAUAGGCAGAGUUGUUGUAAACAAGUAUAAUUUGUUUUGGGAAAUGCAUUGUUUCUAACGAGCAUUUCUUUGGUUUUUAAACUUUUAAUGACUUUCACAAAGGGCAAAUAGAGAUUUGUAAAUAAAGCAUUUGGUGAUGAGUUUCAUUACUUAAUGUAAAUAUAAGCAUUCAUGAUUAGUGAUAGACUCAUCAAUAUAUUUUUGAUAUUUCAUUUAUGAUUUUCGGCAAAGGUUUCAGUAAACAGAUAGAAAGUGUUCAGGCAUUGAUGGAAACCUUUAUCCUUUUCAGAUUCAAUAUUUUUAGACUUUGGGCAGUAUUUUUGAUCUCUUUAUGAUCCAAGUUCUCUUUUAAAAGUGUCACCUGUUAUGUCUAUGUAUAAAGUAUGGUAGCAUUGUUACUGUAUGGAAAUACAACUGUAUAUAAGUCUGAUAUGCCAAUAUUUUUGUUAAACUAUGAAACUGUCAUGUAUUUUGUCGAGUCCUUGUAUUUCCCACUGCUUUGUUCAAUCACAGUGAGGAUGCCCUUGUUAAUAAAAAUGUAUAUAUUGUUUCAUUUAA